AUGGAGACCACACCGAGAAAGCAUCUGAAGGAGGGUCACCUACUAAGAAAGCCAAUGUUCGGCCGAAGCGAGGUGCAAGUUUCAAUUAAUAUCCACAUUUUGCGAGGCCUCAAUGCUUGUUUACGGGCGAUCCUAAAGAGUAUUUUUGUCCUUGGGAUCAAGGAAGAGGCGGGGAUCAAACGGAAAUCGUCAAGCCCUCGGAUAUCCUCCAGGCGGGUUGGCAUUUACAUACCACAGACCACAGGCGAGCCCCGACUUCUCGAACUAGACCACAACCACCAGCAGGUCAAAUGGCGGGGCAGAGGCUCAUUCAUUGCCCACGACCAAACCCUUGGUUUUACCUUGACUUGUCUUCAACCCCUUCAAACACUCGACUCCUUGGGUGUCUAA